AUGGAGAGUAAAGUCACAGAAACAGAUGCGCUUUUGCGCAGUGUUGCUGACCUGGUUGUCAGCGUCAAUAGCGCUAUGGACUGGCUCUUGAGCCUCCUUCCAAGGACAGCUCCCAUACAGGCUCCCGAAAUCGCGACACCUGAGAUUGAGGCUCCCCGACCGGAAGAUAUUUCUAUUCGGAGAGCUCUUGAUGAGGUCCUUGAGUAUCAUAGGGUUCACUGGCCUAAGAAUAUAACAAAGAACUAUGAGCUAAAGCAAAAGGAGUGGAAGGCCUGGUGUAGAAAGAUGGGCUUCAAGGUGGGCGGCAGAUACCUACCAGGAGAUUAUGUUGAUGAUGGGAAGCUCCUCCUCUUUAUUAAAGAUGAAGUAGCCAAUCGCCCUCCACGCUGA